GUGUGUGUGUCUCUGUGUGCAGUGUGUUCUUGUGCAUCUAUGUGUCUGCACGCCUGACAGGAUAAAUCCAGCUUCUCUUCCAUUUUCUCUCUCUUUCUCUCUGAGUCUCUCAUUCUCUCUCUCACACUCACACUCACACACACACACAGACACAGAGACACACACACACAGGUGCUGUUCUUUGCCAACCCUUACUGUCACACACUCACAUUCAGAACACACAAACUCAACAGAGGAUCGUAGUUAGUCCGCUUUUCUGGUGCUGAGGAACUUGACAUUUUGCUUUCAUGGAGGAUUACCACAAACCUGACCAGCAGACAGUGCAGGCGCUGAGGAACAUUGCCAAUCGCCUCCGAAUCAACUCCAUCAAAGCAACAACUGCAGCGGGCAGCGGACAUCCCACAUCAUGCUGCAGUGUGGCAGAAAUCAUGUCUGUGCUUUACUUCCACACCAUGAAGUACCGCCCUGAAGACCCAAGGAACUUCAACAGUGACCGCUUCAUCCUGUCCAAGGGUCACGCUGCUCCGGCCCUGUACUCCAUGUGGGUUGAAACGGGCUUCCUAAAGGACAGCGAACUGCUCAGUUUGUGCCAGGUUGACUCUUCCCUAGAGGGCCACCCAACCCCUAAGCAGCAAAUUGUGGAUGUAGCCACUGGCUCCUUGGGGCAGGGUCUUGGUGUGGCCUGUGGAAUGGCUUACACUGGGAAAUACUUUGACAAGUCUAGUUAUCGUGUGUUCUGCCUGAUGGGGGAUGGUGAGAUGUCAGAGGGUGCUGUUUGGGAGGCCAUGUCGUUCGCCUCCUACUACCAGCUUGACAACCUGGUGGCCAUCAUGGACAUCAACCGUCUGGGCCAAAGUGAUUCGGCACCCCUGCAGCAUCACGUAGAGAAAUACCAGAAACGAUGUGAAGCUUUCGGCUGGCACGCCAUCAUUGUGGAUGGACACAGUGUGGAGGAACUUUGCAAGGCUCUGAGCCAACCACGUCAUCAGCCCACUGCCAUCAUUGCUAAAACCAUUAAGGGCAAAGGCAUUCCAGCUGCAGAGGAUAAGCUUGGGUGGCAUGCCAAACCUCUGCCCAAAGACAUGGCCGAGAUGGUUAUGAAGGAUCUGCAGAGCCGCAUCAUGAACAGCAGCAAGCACCUGUACCCUCCUGCUCCUAUCGAGGACUCCCCACCGGUCAGCCUGAGGAACAUCAGGAUGCCGAGCGCACCCAGCUACAAGACUGGUGAAAAGAUUGCCACACGGAAGGCGUAUGGGAUGGCGUUGGCCAAGUUAGGCCGCUACAAUGAACGUGUGGUGGCCCUUGAUGGAGACACCAACAACCUCACCUACUCGGACAUCUUCAAGAAUGAGCAUCCCAACCGCUUUGUGGAGUGCUACAUCGCUCAGCAGAACAUGGUCAGUGUUGCCAUGGGAUGUGCUGCCCGUGAGAGGAACGUUGUGUUUGCUAGCACUCUUGCUUCCUUUUUUACCCGUGCCUACGACCAGCUCCGCAUAGCAGCCAUCUCAGAAAGCAACAUCAACCUGUGUGGCUCCCACUGCGGCCUGUCCACUGGAGAGGAAGGCCCCUCUGUGAUGGGUCUAGAGGACGUGGCUAUGUUCAGGGCCCUUCCCACAUCGACUAUUUUCUAUCCCUGUGACGGUGUAUCUACAGAGAAGGCUGUGGAACUGGCUGCAACCACAAAGGGUGUUUGCUACAUCCGAACCAGCCGCCAAGACAGUUCCAUGAUCUAUAACAGCAGCGAGGACUUCCAUGUUGGACAGGCUAAGGUGGUGUACCAGAGCAAGGAGGACCAGGUGACUGUGGUGGCAGCUGGAGUUACUUUGCAUGAGGCCCUGGCUGCAGCUGAACAUUUAAAGAAAGAGAGGAUCUCUGUCAGGGUUAUUGACCCCUUCACAAUCAAACCACUGGAUGUCAAAACCAUCAUGGACCACACACGUGCCACCAGGGGACGACUCCUCACUGUGGAAGACCACUACUAUGAAGGUGGUCUUGGGGAGGCAGUGUCCUCAGCAAUGGUCAAUGAGUCUGGCUUCAAUCUGCAUCGUCUGGCUGUGUCCCACAUCCCCCGCAGUGGCAAACCACACGAGCUGCUCAAGAUCUAUGGCAUUGACCGUGAAGCCAUCACCCAGGCCGUCCGCAAAAUGCUCAGCAGCUCUACCAACGCCAAGUAACUUUCUCUCUGCCCUACCCACCUAUCUGAUCACACCCCUGCAGAUGAUGAUAAACAGUCAAGUAUGUUUUUGAUUCACAUGACACCCAGCUUUUUAAAUUCCUUCACUGUGAAUGCCCCUAAGUGUGUACUGAAGUAAUGUGAUUUUGUGCUGUACACUUUGAAGUAGAGUUCCACAUUUACCUUUCUUUCAUGCAUCCAUCACGUCACAGAAAAGAACAGAGAUAUACAAAUUCAAACACACAUAUCCUCACUCUUAAACUUAGCACUGUCAUAGAUUUAGUCCAGUAUUCAAAAUGUGGCCAUAACUGACUUUGUAGUUGAUGGAUGCUCACCAUACAAAACAAUUCAUUAUUAAAUGUUCAACAGGAGUACUAAGUAAUGCUCUCAUGUGUUUUUUUAAAAUGCUCGUUGAUGAAUUUCAACUGGAAAUGUUUUUAUAUUGUUCUUAUGUAGCUCUUGGGUGGGGCAUAGUAGUAAAGUAGUUUAUCAUGACAGUAGUGUCAGAAACAUGGUAAUUGAGUUGUUGUUUGUAGAAAGUAGUGGAGAAAAAAAUCAAACAAAUGUAGGUAGGUCAUUAAGAGCAGUCACUCAGAACCACAAAUCACAUCUUCAGAUAAUUAAAACUCAUGUGGUUUUAAAAGUUGUAUAAUUUCUCUUCAGCACUGUAUUUUGUUGUUAUUGAUUUUAAAGUUACCAUCAACCUAUGCACCUCAAUGUUCAUUUGCUACAAUUGGACCAUAUCAGCAGUGUGGAGAUAAUCAUUAUUUGGUCAGUGUUAUCUUUUUUACAUAAGGUGGAGGGCUGAAGGCCCUUUAAGUGCUGAUGGAGAAUAUGGCUAGCUGUGACUAUGAAGGUAGAGUUACAUCUGACUUGUAAACCCAAGAAACAUCACUUUCUUUGUUACUUGAAAUUUUGUAUGUACCUGACUUUCAUGUAAUAAAGCCCGCUGCAUUUGA